AGAAACGCCUGUCUCGAGGCAUUUCCCACGCCAGCUCAACCAUCGUCUCCCUCGCCCGUUCCCACGUCUCCAGCAACGGCAGCAGCGAACAUCUGCUGGAAAUGCCCAUCUGUACCUUCCAGCUGCCCGACCUCACUGUCUACACCGAGGAUUUCCGCAGCUUCAUCGAGCGAGACCUCAUUGAGCAGUCGAUGCUGGUGGCACUGGAGCAGGCUGGUCGUCUGAACUGGUGGGCAAACGUGGAUCCCAGUUGCCAAAGGCUCCUUCCCCUGGCCACCACCGGUGAUGGGAACUGCCUGCUCCACGCCGCCUCCCUGGGUAUGUGGGGUUUCCACGACAGGGAUCUCAUGCUUCGCAAAUCUCUUUACACCUUGAUGGAUAAAGGUGUGGAAAGGGAAGCCCUGAAGCGGAGGUGGCGUUGGCAGCAAACGCAGCAGAACAAGGAGUCUGGUCUCGUUUAUACCGAAGAGGAGUGGCAGAAAGAGUGGAACGAGCUGAUCAAGCUGGCGUCCAGCGAGCCUCGCGUGCACUACGGCAGCAACGGGGGCGGCUGCGGAGGCGUUGAAAGCUCUGAAGAGCCCGUGUACGAGAGCCUGGAGGAGUUUCACGUUUUUGUCCUUGCCCAUGUGUUGAAGAGACCCAUAGUGGUGGUGGCAGACACGAUGCUGAGGGAUUCGGGAGGAGAAGCCUUUGCCCCGAUUCCUUUUGGAGGGAUCUAUCUUCCUCUGGAAGUCCCAGCCAACAAAUGCCAUCGUUCUCCGUUGGUACUGGCUUAUGACCAAGCCCAUUUUUCUGCCCUGGUAUCCAUGGAGCAGAAGGAACCCACAAAAGAGCAAG